GAUGGCUGGUGACAAUUUUUAGUCGUUUGAAAGCUGAGCAAUGGACACGAAGUUAGUGGUCAUAACUUUCCUUAUAAUCUACGUAGUUGCCCAAACGAAGGCCGACUGUCGUUCUAAGCCAAUUGUGGAUGGGAAAUGCGACCAGAGAAUCGAAGGAUAUACUUUUGUAGCCGCAGAAAGCCGAUGCAAAAGGUUUAAGACAAGAGGUUGCACAGUGGGCGGAAACUAUUAUCGUACCCUGGAUGAGUGUAGGGUGAAAUGCAACCUAUUUUGGGAAGACAAUUUUGGUGGUAGCAGAUAUUGGCAACGAAGUGAAAUCGAUGACUCCUGGACGAACGAUUCGGAAGAAAGCGAAGUGGAAACCAUCCCGAAUAGAGGGUCGAAAAAACGAGAUUAUGGAGAAUUAUUCGAUUAUUAUCCAUUCGUUGAGCCCCCUAUAUCAGUAAAACAGUUUAUGGGUAUUGCUCCAAUUCCUUAUGCUGCACAGUGAACUUUAACUACUUCAAGAAUUAAAAACUUUCCUAUUAACAAAA